CGCGCAUCCACGCCCGCACGGCGGACCCCCGAAGGCGGACAAGCGGGCAUUCCGAGCCCGGAGGCAGCAGAACGAGAAUCGCCGCGUCACGACGAUGACGAAUAGAGCCAACCUGGUCGCUUUUUAAGAAGGGAGGGGAAAAAAGACAACCUCCAAAGCAAGGCGUCAUGAUUCCUGUGAUGGAAUUCCGCCAGUUCUCGGAGCAGCAGCCGGCUUUCCGAGUUCUGAAGCCGUGGUGGGACGUUUUCACCGACUAUCUAUCUGUCAUUAUGCUCAUGAUUGGUGUGUUUGGAUGCACCCUCCAGGUGAUGCAAGACAAGAUCAUCUGCCUCCCAAACAGAACGUCAUCGUCCCUGGACAACACGAGCGAAGUGGCCGUGAAGCCUUUGCAGCUGCGUUACAACAUCUCAUCCGGGCUGAGAGAAAUGAGCGGCCUGAAGACGGACCUUGACCUUCAGCAGUACAGCUUCAUCAAUCAAAUGUGUUACGAGAAAGUCCUGCACUGGUAUGCCAAGUAUUUCCCUUACUUGGUUCUGAUCCACACUCUCGUCUUCAUGGUGUGCAGCAACUUCUGGUUCAAGUUUCCAGGGUCCAGUUCUAAAAUUGAGCACUUUAUCUCCAUGCUGGGCAAGUGUUUUGACUCUCCGUGGACUACCAGAGCUCUUUCUGAGGUGUCAGGAGAAAACUCAGAAGAAGCUGAUCACAAAAAAAGUGGCACCGUGGCGUCCCCUGGAGGCGUCGGAUUGGAGAAAACGCAGUCAUUGCGUUCAAUCCCGGAAAAAAUUGUAGCUGACAAACCGUCGGCAAGCGUUUUGGAUAAAAAGGAGGGCGAGCAAGCCAAGGCACUCUUCGAGAAGGUGAAGAAAUUCCGCUUGCAUGUGGAGGAGGGUGACAUCCUCUACAUCAUGUACGUGCGGCAGACAGUAUUCAAGGUGUUCAAGUUCCUGCUGAUCAUCAUAUACAAUAGUUGCCUAGUAGAUGAAGUGCGCAACAGAGUUCCCUGCAAGGUGGACAUCCAAGACAUGACAGGCUACAAGGAAUUUGAGUGCAACCACACCAUGGCUCACCUCUUCUCGAAGCUUUCCUACUGCUACCUGUGCUUGGUGGCGGUCUAUGGACUGACCAGCCUUUAUACGUCCUAUUGGCUGUUCUAUCGCUCCCUGAAGGAGUACUCCUUUGAGUAUGUGCGUCAAGAAACGGGUAUCAGUGACAUCCCAGAUGUGAAGAAUGACUUUGCCUUCAUGCUCCAUAUGAUCGACCAGUACGACCCUCUGUACUCCAAGAGGUUUGCCGUGUUCCUGUCUGAGGUUAGCGAAAACAAGCUGAAGCAGCUCAACCUUAACCACGAAUGGACGGCAGAAAAACUGCGUCAGAGACUGCAGGUCAAUGCAAACAACCGGUUGGAGUUGCAGCUUUUCAUGCUUCCGGGCCUGCCCGAUACAGUCUUCGAGCUAAGCGAGCUGCAGUCUCUCAAACUUGAGAUCAUCAACAACGUGAGCGUUCCCGCCUCCGUCUCGCAGCUGGAGAACCUUCAAGAGCUUUCGUUGUAUCAGUGCUCGAUCAAGCUACACACCACGGCUAUGUCCUUCCUCAAAGAGAACCUCAAAGUGCUCCGCGUCAAGUUCGAUGACGGAAGGGAGUUCCCCAGCUGGCUGUACGGCCUCAGGAACCUGGAGGAGCUUCAUCUCGCUGGGUCGCUGUGCUCUGAUGCCUCUAAAAACAUCAUCUUGGAAUCUCUGCGGGAAAUGAAGUGCCUGAAGACGCUCUCGUUAAAGAGCAAUCUGACCAAAAUACCGCAGUCAAUCGUGGACGUGUCCAGUCACUUGCAGCGGCUUUACCUGCACAACGACGGCACCAAGUUGGUGAUGCUGGGGAACCUGAAGAAGAUGACCAACCUGAUUGAGCUGGAGAUGGUGCGCUGUGACCUGGAGCGCAUCCCGCAUGCCAUUUUCAGCCUCACUGGUCUGCAAGAGCUGGACCUGAAGGAGAACAACCUACGCUCCAUCGAAGAGAUUGUUAGCUUCCAGCACCUACGCAAGCUCACCUGCCUUAAGCUGUGGUACAACAGCAUCAUGUAUAUCCCUGAGCACAUUAAAAAAAUGGGCAGUCUGGAGCGCCUCUACUUCAGUCACAACAAGAUUGAGAUCUUACCCUCACACUUGUUCCUGUGCAACAAGCUGCGUUAUCUGGACCUGUGUCAUAAUGACAUCCGCUUCAUCCCACCGGAGAUUGGCGUCCUGCAGAGCCUGCAGUACUUCUCAGUAGCCUGCAACAAAAUAGAGAACCUUCCGGAUGAGCUCUUCUUCUGCAAAAAACUUAAGACUUUGAAACUGGGCAAGAACUCUUUGUGCAUCCUCUCGCCAAAGAUAUCCUACCUCACCCAGCUGACCCACCUGGAGCUUAAGGGGAACCAUUUUGAGGUCCUGCCACAGGAGUUGGGCUGCUGCCGGGCACUUAAGCGCAGUGGCCUGGUGGUCGAGGACGCCCUCUUUGAAACUCUGCCGUCAGAUGUCAGAGACGAAAUGAAGGCAGAGUGAAGAUGUCUUACUGUCACCACAGUGCCUGCUGUUUGCUUCCUCGCUUAAUUUGCUGGAUAUCACGAGCACACAUAAGACUUGCACUAUAUUUUUUUACUCUGUAUUUCUGCUUCUCGUACGUAGCAAUCUCUGAAAAUUCAGCUCCUGAGAACAGUUUCACUUAGAAAUGUGAAAUUUGGUAGAGAUUUUAAUAACGAGCAGACCUAUAAAAAAUUCUCAAGAUGCCAUGCAUAAAAAUCCACAGAAAGUCUGUUACUUUAGCCACAUUUUGUCCAUUUCCGAAGGGCAAUUAAAAAUGUCCAAGAGAUUUCAACCAUUUGGUACCAAAUUAGAUCACAUAGAUUUGUGGUGUCAAAAUUGGGGUUUUCUGGCUGUCAUGGGGUCCAAUUUGGCCGGGGGGGUUGCUCUACUAGUACUUGACAGGUGUAUUGUAGCUCACUGAAUGACAUGCUUUUAUUUUGACAUUGGUGCCGUAAAACCGGGGAUUUGUGCUCAUAGGCACUUUGGCUCACUUUUGUGUCCACAUUCACUUUCAUUUAUACGCCCCCUACUCUUCAAAAUGCAAUUUAUGUCUAGCGCUGUCAAUGGCAGCCAAUGAAUUAACAAAGACGUAACCCAAAAACCAACAGGAAGUGACCCGAAAUCAAAAGGGAGUGUCUAAUUAACAGUCAGUAGCUUGGAAAUGCUCUAAAAUCAUGAGGAAAUUACCCCCAAAUGUAUAGGAAUUGACCCUGAGAUAUGCCAAAAUGUACAGGGAGUGACCCAUAAGUACCCUAAAACAGUAUUUUUCAAACGGUGUGCCGCAGGAGAUCGUCAGGUGUGCCGCGAGAAAUGUCCAGUAUCGCUUUUAAAAAAUAUAUAUAUAAUGUCCAAGGUGGGGCCGAGAAACUUGCUUAUUUAAAUUUGGCACCCUGAAGCGAUGGUUGCUCUGAGGAUAGUAGGGAUGGACUUAUUUGAGAGAGUGGGGCUUAAAGUUAUGUUCUUAAGUGCGCUAUUUAUUUUUUGUUUAUUUUUCAGGAUCCCCAGUGAGCAUCAUAGUGUGGACGAAUUUGGAACGCGCUUUUGCUGUUGAGGCAUUUUUUUCAAGUGGUCGCUCAAUUGUCACAAUGCAACGUGCAUUCUGUAGACAUUUCAAUUUUGCCCUCCGUGGUGGUGUUCCUGGCCGGCAGUCGAUUGUUUCAUCGGGAAACAACUUUAGGGAAACGGGUGAUGUAAAGAAAAAGAAAUCUGGCCUCCAACGAACAGCAAGGUCACCCCAAAACAUUGACGCUGUGAGACAAUCUGUUUUGAGAUCUCCCCGACGGUCUGCCCGCAAAAACGCAUCUGCUUAUGGGUUGUCUGCUCGUUCUGUGAGAGAAAUCCUCCAUGAAGAAUUGAAUUUUUUUGCGGGGGGGGGGGGCAAUAUUGAAAUGUCCACGGAAUGCAUGAUGCAUUGUGACGA